AUGGACGAGCUGUUGGAUCUGUGUCUGCUGCAGGCCCUCUCCGUCUCUGUCAAACCGUCACACCUGCCCCUCCCAGCUAGCUCCCUCUGGUCCAAUCACGUGCUGCCAUGUCGGCCACCUGGCACCACAGUGGACAUCAGGAAGUCGUCUCACAAGAAGCUGAGCAAGUGGCUGCAUGCCAAGGCUGUUGAUGGGCUGAUAUGCGGCAAGGAGGACAAGCACCGCAAGGAGUUCAUCAUCUCGUCUAUCAACCACCGCCACCAGGCCCUCCUCGCAUUCUGGCCAUAUAAGACAGCCCAAGCCCCCAGGACUGCACCCCAAGGGCUCGAUCCACACGCCUUCUAUUCCCCCUCAGCUGUGCACAACGCUGCUCUUUCCUACAUCUCCCUCCACUCCCUCUCCGAGCCCUCCGACCCGUCUAUAGUCGUCCUCGAUGCAACGCUCUGCGACGCACUGUACAAAGGCGCGAUAAAGAAGGGUGCGACGCACCCAGCACAGUGUCCCAAGAGGGACAUAGGCCCCAUGUUACUGCAGCAAAUGCAGGCACAACACAGGGUGGAGAGGGGGGGGAGGAGCGUGGAGCGGAAGGGGGAGCUGCAACCUGUGGAGAUACUUGUCAGGGGGCGACAGGGCAGCAGGAAAGUGACACGGGUGACAGGCGUGGAGGCUUAUCUGGUGGAGGCUCAACCACUUGCUGCUGAGCUGCAGAAGAAGUUUGCCUCAAGCGCGUCUGUGGCUCAAUUGCUAGUUCCCAUCUUCCAUUCCUUUCUUUGGUAG